AUGGCCGGCCCUACGUUGUCUAAGUCAGAACACUCCACAAAGUUACGGGCACCCAGCUACGUUGUCUCGGGCGAUAAGCUAUACAAACACUCCUACAACGGCACGUUACUGAGGUGUCUAUAUCCAGAUGAAGCCAAGUUAGUGAUGAAAGAAGUCCACGAGGGGGUAUGCUCCGCGCACCAAGGAGCAUACACCAUUGCACAGGGCAUCAUGUUACAAGGGUAUUUUUUUCCCAAAAUGCUGAGGGACUGUGCCGAGUAUACAAAGCGAUGUCCCAAGUGCCAAGAAUUCCAGGCACUACCAGGUCGACCUGCGACGAAUUACACCCCGGUAAGCACCGCGAUUCCUUUUUCAAGAUGGGGAAUUGACCUGGUAGGGGCCCUUCCCACGGGGACUGGAAGCAGGAAGUACAUCAUUGUGGCCAUCGACUAUUUCACGAAGUGGGUGGAGGCCGAGCCCCUGGUGAGCAUCACCGCAGCAAGGUGCAAAAGGUUCGUUGAGAAAAACAUCCUUUAUCGUUUCGGUAUCCCUUUCCAGGUAAUCACGGACAAUGGUCGUCACUUCGAGGCACGAGAAUUUUCAGAAAUCUUAGCAGGAUGGGGCGUUAAGCACAGCCGGGUGGCGGUAUCUUAUCCUCAGGCAAACGGGCAAGUGGAGAAUGCGAAUAGAACCAUCCUCGACGGCCUCAAGAAAAAGCUAGAAGUUGCCGGCGGAGCCUGGGUGGAGGAACUCGACGGCAUCCUCUGGGCCUACCGCACGACACCAAGAAGGGCCACCGGAGAGACCCCGUUUGCACUCGCCUAUGGAUUCGAAGCUCGGGCCCCGGUGGAAGUAAUCAUACCUAGUAGAAGGGUAGAGGAGUUCGAGUCAGAACAAAACGAACUCCACCUAAGGGUGGAUCUGAACUUCUUGGACGAAAAAAGAGAAGCGGCGUUCUGCAAGAUGGAGAACUACAGUCGUCAGCUAAAGUCCUACCACGACGCACAAGUCCGACCUCGAUAUUUCCAAGUCGGCGACCUUGUAUUGCGAAGAAGGGAAGCCAGCCAACCCCUUGAAGGGGGAAAAGUCGCAAAGAAAUGGGAGGGGCCUUACGCCGUGGAAGAAGUCGUUCGCCCAGGAACAUACAAGUUAAAAACGACAGGGGGAAGGAUGAUCGAUCGGGUAUGA